ACCCCGACGCGUGAACAAAACAACAACCACCACCAUCGUGGUCGUGGUUCAGGGCACCCAAAGCCAUUCGACCCACGCCGCCGGUCGGCGAGCGGGGAAGGAGUUUGCCUCGCCGCGUUUGGAAUUCGACGUGAAAAAUAAGUGUUUGUAGGAUAUGGACGUGAAAUAAGGGCGAGCUUCGGUGUCCUUCAGUUCUUCUUGUCAAAGCGUUCUUCAGCGUUUGUAGAAUAUCGACGUGCAAUAAGGGGAAGGAUUGAGCCGCGAGGAUGGACAGCGAGCUGGCUCGGGACGGGCGCCUCCUGGAGCUGGUGGACGAGGACUGGAGAGAGGACCUCCUUCCGCAAGAGGACGUGGAUGUGCCCCUGAUGGAGUUGCCGGAGCCUGACCAAGACAACGGUCACGUGACGGAGUCCGUGCGGGAGCAGGAGAUGAAGUGGACCGACCUGGCCCUGCAGAACCUGCACGAAAGCAUGCCCCAGUCUGCGGCCAACUGACCAAGUCGGGGCUCCGUAAAAGAUCUCCAAACUCAAGCAAUUGCUCGGAUCGGUGAUUCUGGCCAUGUUUUCUAGAGCGUUGUUUCUCAACUCCAGUGGUUCACAAGGUCCCCCACGAUACCGCCUUUUUGUGAUUGCAAUCAUUGCUGUUCGUAUGCAUUUAAGCCACUGCAGGCUGCCAACAUCUGAUUGUUUUUUAACCAUUGGGGGGUCGUGAGGACUGCAGUUGAGAAUCGCUGAACCAGAGUGAGUAGAUAACGAUUCCGACUGCCCCUCCCCCCAAGAUUGAACGAGUGGCGACAAUUCGAAUGAGAAGUAGAUAUUUAGUUUUGCUUGAUUUUUUUUUCUCUCUCAUCUGUAGUGUCAUUACGUUAGCCUGAAGUUGAAAUGUGCACAUCUUUAUCAUGUGUGUGAAUUGUAAAAUAAUAGAUUCUCACAUGCAUGGUUAACUCCACUGCAUUUUUCAUGAGCAUAAGCAUUUAUGUUAAUAAAUCAAUAGUUUAAUCAUAACUAAGUACAUGAAAUGGCGAGCUUUCGGCUUUGCAACAACUGCAUCAAUAGCAAUCCCUUUCUAGAUUUGAAGCUUUCGUGACUGCAAGGAUCCAUACUCUUUGGUUACCUAUGUGACUUUACCGAAUAGAACCAAAGAGUAUAGCAAUCCCUUUGUUUUAUUGUGUAACUGGAUGGGUUAUUUUCACGUCAGAUUAUUUGAUACCUGUAAUGCAGAAUAAAGGUACACGGGAAUGCAGCUGCCAACAGAGCACUGAUAAGUACUUCCAGAGUAAUUUUCUCCAGUCGCAUUUGUUGAACCAAUGCUUCGCGGUCGCCAAGUGUUAUGGGCCAGGUCCACCCUCCACAAUGCAAGGACCUAAAAAGUGGAUUUGCAGCAGAGCAUGGUAUACAGUGUAAUUGGGUUUAAAGCUAUCGAAGUUUAAUAUUUGGCUCGAUUAGGAAUUAAAAAUGGGUCCGAUUUGGCUGACAACCGUAGACACGAUUUCAUUGUUUACAAUUCAACAAAAGCGACCAGGCAUUGUAAUGAAAACGGAUAAAAGUGUCGAAACAGUAUUUAACAUUUUAUUAAGAAUACAAAUGCUGUAGUUAGGUGCAUGUCAACACGUUAUGCAAUAGUGUACAGUGGCACAUUAACUGCAGCAGAUAUGUAACGAGUACUUUAAAUUGACAACUUAUGGCUCUAAGAUUUAAAAAAAUAAUACGUAUGCUUCAUACACUAAAUAUAAAAUGUGUCAAGGACAAUGUUACCUUGGUGAAUGAGCAUAACAAUGGAAUUCAGGUAACAGAACAUUUUUAUCUUAUGUGUCGUAACAUAAGUGGCCAUAACCUGAAUACCUUCUAGUAUUUAUGUUUUUAUACUUAAAUUUGCUCGCUGCUUAUUGAAACAUACGCGUUAUUUACAAUAAACAUAACGUAAAUAGCC